CACUCGCUCAUUUUUCUUUCUUUUAGAUUUGUACUUUUAAAAUUUCAUUUAUUUCAUUUCCACACCUGAAUUUAUUUCUUAAAGUCCAUUAUUACGCUUGCACAGAGCUACAUUCAACCCAAUUCAAUGACGCUCAUUCUGGUUCUCGGAGACAUUCACAUUCCGCAGCGCGCCGCUGACAUUCCGGCGAAAUUCCGCAAACUCCUUGUGCCAGGCAAAAUUGACCAAAUCCUCUGCACCGGCAAUCUCUGCGACCGCGCCACCUACGAGUACCUCCGCAGCAUAACACCAGACUUGCAUAUAGUUCGCGGGGAAUUCGACGACAAGACGCAAUACCCUUUGUCAAUUAAAGUAGCCCAGGAUGAAUUGACCCUAGGCCUAGUGAACGGUCAUUAUAUGGUGCCGUCUAACGGUGAUGUGGAUACCUUGGCGGCUACCGCGCGGCAGAUGGAUGUUGAUGUGCUUGUGACUGGGAAUACCCAUAGGUUUGAGGCGUAUGAGGAGCAGGGGAGGUUUUUCAUUAACCCGGGAAGUGUCACUGGGAGCUUUAGUCCGUUGGAGGUUGCGCCGAUUCCGUCGUUUGUCCUGAUGGAGGUCAAGAUGAGGAUGGUUGUGGUUUAUGUUUACCAGCUGGUUAAUGAUGAGGUUGUCGUUGACCGCAUCGAAUAUGUGAAGAAUGACGACUAAAUAAAAAAAUAGAAUAAAAACUUUGUUUAUUUGAAAAGUAAUAAUAAUGCAGCAAGAGGCGUUUUAGCC